CAGUAGUCUACUAUCAUCUUCUCUCUCUCUCUCUCUCUCUCUCUCUCUCUGUGAUGGAACCGGAAUCUGGAGCUUCUACUUCUCGGAACCCUUCGCUGUUAUCAUGGGUGAAUCUCUCUAGGAAUCUAUUAUUAGCAUAUCAAAGCUUUGGUGUGGUGUAUGGAGAUCUGAGCACUUCACCACUCUAUGUUUUCACAAGCACAUUUCGAGGCAAAUUGCAGGAUCACCGCGAUGAAGAAACUAUAUUUGGAGCUUUUUCUUUGAUUUUCUGGACACUGACACUAAUACCGUUGAUUAAGUAUGUGUUCAUCCUAUUGAGUGCUGAUGAUAGUGGCGAAGGUGGAACGUUUGCUCUUUAUUCGCUGCUCUGCAGGCACGCCAAGUUUAAUUUGCUCCCCAAUCAACAAGCAGCUGAUGAGGAGUUAUCAUCCUACAAAUAUGGUCCCUCGCAACAGGCCAUAACCUCUUCUCCACUGAAGAGGUUUCUGGAGAAGCAUAAAAGGUUAAGAACGGCACUGCUUAUUGUGGUGUUGUUUGGUGCUUGCAUGGUCAUUGGCGAUGGUGUUCUCACCCCAGCAAUUUCAGUUCUAGCAUCUGUAUCAGGGUUACAAGUUACGGAAAGAAAAUUAACUGAUGGUGAGCUUGUCCUGCUUGCCUGUGUCAUAUUGGUUGGGCUGUUUGCUCUUCAACACAUUGGCACACACAAAGUGGCAUUCGUGUUUGCACCAGUUGUAAUCAUCUGGCUAUUAUCGAUAUUUUCUAUUGGGCUGUAUAACACAAUUUUUUGGAAUCCUAGAAUUGUUCGUGCAUUAUCCCCAUACUAUCUCAUCAAGUUCUUUAUCAAGACUGGUAAAGAAGGUUGGAUUUCUCUUGGAGGGAUACUUCUCUGUAUCACUGGAACUGAAGCUAUGUUUGCAGAUCUUGGUCAUUUCACUGCUACAUCGAUAAGGAUUGCAUUUGCGUUUGUUAUAUACCCUUGUUUGGUGGUACAGUAUAUGGGCCAAGCUGCUUUCUUGUCUAAGAACCUUCAAUCUAUUCAUAACAGUUUUUAUGAUUCAAUACCUGAACCUGUAUUUUGGCCUGUUUUUGUUGUUGCCACCCUUGCUGCUAUUGUUGGGAGUCAAGCUGUUAUAACCGCAACUUUCUCUAUCAUCAAGCAGUGUCAUGCACUUGGCUGCUUUCCACGAGUUAAAGUUGUCCACACUUCAAAACAUAUAUAUGGGCAAAUCUACAUCCCAGAGAUAAACUGGAUACUCAUGAUCCUGACUCUUGCAAUAACCAUUGGAUUUCAAGACACAACUAUAAUUGGAAAUGCUUACGGACUCGCAUGUAUGACUGUAAUGUUUGUGACGACCUUUCUGAUGACUCUGGUCGCAAUCUUUGUCUGGCAAAAAAGUGUUGUGAUUGCUAUAGCAUUCCUUUUAUUCUUUUGGGUGAUAGAGGGCACCUAUCUAUCAGCAGCAUUCAUGAAAGUGCCUCAGGGAGGAUGGGUUCCUCUUGUCUUAUCCUGCAUCUUCAUGGUUGUUAUGUAUGUAUGGCAUUAUGGUACUCGAAGGAAGUACAGCUAUGAUCUGCACAACAAAGUUUCAUUGAAGUGGUUACUGGGUUUGGGCCCAAGCCUUGGCAUUGUUCGAGUCCCAGGAAUAGGUCUCAUCUACUCAGAACUAGCAACUGGAAUUCCUUCAAUAUUUUCCCAUUUUGUAACAAAUCUUCCUGCCUUUCACAAGGUGUUAGUUUUUGUCUGUGUGAAAUCAGUCCCUGUUCCAUAUGUCUCCCCAGAAGAAAGAUUCCUUAUUGGUCGAGUUUGUCCGAGACCUUAUCGAAUGUACAGGUGCAUUGUCAGAUAUGGGUACAAGGACAUUCAAAGGGACGAUGGAGACUUCGAGAACCAUCUAAUACAGAGUAUAGCAGAGUUUAUACAGAGGGAAGCAGAAGAACCACAGUACUCAAGUUCUGAAAGCUCUUCGCUCGAUGGGAGGAUGGCUGUUAUAAGUACCAGAACCUUAGAAUCCACUGCAAGCUUAAUAGUUUCCGAGAUUGAGGAAAUUGGCGUGGACAGCUCCAUCCCCAGCAGUAAAUCUGUAACCCUGCGCAGCUUGCAAUCGGUUUAUGAUGAUGAAAGUCCACAAGUUAGAAGGCGUCGAGUAAGAUUUCAGCUACCAAACAAUCCUGGUAUGGAUCCUGCAGUUAGGGAAGAACUUGUGGAUUUGAUUCAAGCUAAGGAAGCUGGGGUUGCUUAUGUAUUGGGGCACUCAUAUGUUAAGGCUAGGAAAUCAUCCUCAUUCUUGAAGAAGCUUGUGAUUGAUAUCGGUUACUCAUUUCUACGCAAGAAUUGCAGGGGUCCUGCUGUGGCUCUUAACAUUCCUCACAUCAGUCUCAUUGAAGUUGGAAUGAUAUAUUAUGUUUAGUUUCUUGGUAAAAUUUGAUUUACAACUUCUUCCUGGCUGUAUAGAAUCUAUGCUCCAGGCUAUAGGUGUUAUUUUUAUUGCCUCGCUCAUGGAAAAAUGAGUAUGGCAGAGGAGGGUCUCUCUGAGAAAAACGCUUGUAAGGUUUAUGCUGCUCUCCUAAUGUGUAAUUAUAUUAUAUAGUUGCAAUAAUUUUGUAUUAGAAGUUUUU